UCCCAUUAGCUUGAAGUUUUACAAACAUCUGAGCGAGCCAUUUCGACAAUUUUGAAAUAGAGCUUGCUAAAUUUUUUAAGCUUAAAAAUAAUUUUUUCUUCUGCUCCCCCGCCCUGUUGUGCGCAGCUCUUUAACAACACACGAAGUUAUAUGUGUGUAUAGGUACGCAUUGCCCACGCGCAUAGAGGGACGCACCUCCACCCAUUAAGGGGUAGUACCGCACCACAUAGAGGAGACGCAUAUUGUACGCGCCGCUAAUACCCCAAGUUUGCACACCGAAAUGGGAAGCGAAAAUGUUCUGCAAGGAAACAUACUUAGCAAAUUAUAAAAAGAAGAAAAACCGACUAAGGGAAGUCACCCGAAGAUGCCUCAACCUAAUCGACUCCAACUACCAGCACUUAACAUCGUUCAUAGGGAAAAACAACACAGGUGAUCUUUUGACAAGCUACCAAUUUAGUGACGAUGAAAUAAAAUUCGAUUCAGACGAAAAUGUAUGCAGUAGUGAAAUCUACUUCCCAGAAAGCACGUAUACUAAUAAUGACUUUAAAAAUUUGCUAGGAUGGGUACCCAGAAAUUUAGUAGUGGCAGAACCGAUCACCACGGAUUCCAUCCCGUGCGCAUUUUUCUUUUCAAAGGAUGAUGAUAAACUAGCAGUAGAUAAUAAAAUAAUUUUAUACCUGCAUAAGUUUAAUGAAGAUUUAGGCACGAUAAUCCCAACGGUGAGUGCCCUACAUAAAAAAUUAAAAAUGAACAUCAUCGCAAUGGAGUAUUCAGGAUAUGGGGCCAGUUUCGACACGCAUGAACAGAAGCUUGUUUCAAUUGUGAACGAUUCGUUUACUCUUUUAAAAUUUAUUGUUAACUUUUUGAAAAUUCCGUCUAGAAAUAUAUUCAUUUUGUGUUACGACUUUUUGGCUAGCUGCGCUAUAGAGGUGGUAAAUCGAUAUGAAGACACGUACGGCAAAAGGGAGUCCCUAGGCGGGCUGGUCCUUAUUAAACCCCAGCUGCUGCAAGUUGUUAGCCAGCAUACAGUUCUUUCGCCAUAUGAACAAGAUGAUAAUAUCGUGUUAGGGGAUAAAGGUCCCAUCGGAGUUGUCGCAGGAAAAAGGGGGUUAACUGGUCAGUGUGCAGAUGACACUUUUGACGGGGCUGCGCCAGUUGGGGGGGGCAUCCUUGAGGGGGAUGUUCCACAUUGUGAGGAUGAUCCAUUUUGUCAAGAUGACCCAUUUUGUCCGGAUGACCCACAUUGUGAGGACGUCCCCUUUUGUGAGGAUGCCCCAUUUUGCGAGGACGUCCCUUUUUGCGACGGACGGAUGAAGAAGGAAAGCCACUACGCGGUUUCCAACGAAUCGAAGCAGAAAAACUGCACAGUGACGACUCCCAAAAAAUUGUACCACUCUCUUGGAUUUAAAAAAGAUGAAGAAGUGACCUACAACGUGACGAGCAACAGGGUGAAGAAAAACAACUUUGUAAAAAAAGGAGUCCUUACCAUUCGCAGCGAUGUAUGUAACCGAGCGUGGAAAGGCGCUUCCGUAGGUACCAACUCGUAUCAGUCAGGGAAUGGCAUAAUUACUUGUGACAUGUCUUUAUUUUACAGCGAUAGUCAAGGCCCCCCAGGGAGAGAAAAUAACAACAUACCCAACUCUCUAAUGAAGAGGAUAUUAAAAGAUACAUUUGAUAUAAAGCACUCCCUAAAUUCAAUAAAAUCAAUUUCAUGUUCCAUUUUAAUUUUCCACCAUGAAAAUUAUUCCUAUAAAAAUUCGAGCUCAUAUAUUCUGCUGGACAAUGCGAAAGAGUGUCACAAGAAGGCAGCUUUUUUAUUUGAUUUCAUGAACGAAGAUUUUGUCACGGCCUUCAAGUGGUUCUUCUCGGAAAUAUCCCAUUCGCAGAGGCAAGAAAAGCUGUUUAAAAAUUUGCUUUAUUUAUAUGAGCACCCCUCAUAUGAUAGGAAGGACAACGUUGGUAUAAAUGGCUGUUUGGAGAAGCAACAAAAUCGUGUCAUUCAUGGCGAACAUAGGGAAAACACACGUAGCGAUUUGGACAAAAUGUGUAGCGGUAGCUUUGAUUCAACAUUUGGCGAACUUGCUGAUGGGAGCUUUAACGUACCUCUUAGCAGUAGCGUCAGAAAUAGCUUCAUCCUCCAGGGGUGCAACGUAAAUGACGCCCUAAGCGAUAGGGAAGAUUCUCCUAAAUGUGAUGCUCAUAGUUGUAGCCCUUCCAACAGCAAGAGUACCAUUAACUUACCUGACGAAAUUUUCAUAUGUCCCGAAAUGGUUCAGGAAGAGAUCCCCUGCAAGGAGGGGGGCGAUGUGGGGAGUUAA